AUGGAAACAACUCCUUUACUUCAAAACGUAAUAAGUAAGAGAUCUACAUCUGCACUUAUUACACACGGAACUUACAAUGAGCAGGAGCCUGCUGGUGAUAUCGUGGAAAAAUUGGAUACAAAGGACGAGGUUUGGACCAUAUUGAAGGCUUCGCUACCACUCGUAACUACAUUUUUCCUCCAGUUCUCACUGACGAUAGUAUCGAUUUUCUCAGUGGGACGUAUUGGUAAAAAUGAGCUGGCCUCUGUCUCAUUGGCCAUCAUGACAUUCAAUGUCAGCGUUUCUGUGUUUAAUGGAAUGGCAACUUGUCUAGAUACUCUCUGUUCUCAAGCAUAUGGAGCAAAGCGCUAUGAUCUUGUCGGAAUUUAUUUCCAGAGAUGCACCUGCAUGAUAAUUGUUGCCUCGAUUCCUUUGGUAUUGAUAUGGUGUUUCUCCUCACAUCUUUUUCUCUUGAUAGUGCAGGAUCGGCAGCUAGCAUUAUUAGCAGAGAAAUUUUUACGAGGAAUGUCAUUUGGUGUUCCUGGAUAUAUCGUAUUUGAAACGGGGAAGAGGUUUCUGCAGGCGCAGGGCAACUUUGUUGGUGGUCAAUAUUGUUUGUUCAUUGCUGCACCAACAAACAUAUUAUUGAAUUAUCUGCUAGUGUGGAAUGAAAAACUUAGUAUAGGGCUUCUUGGAGCGCCAUUGGCGACUUCCAUCUCCUACUGGCUGAUGAGCAUCAUGUUACUUUGCUAUAUCAAAUUUAUUGAUGGCAAACAGUGCUGGUAUGGAUUGAACAUUAGAGAGGCAUUCAGAGGGUGGAAUACCAUGCUGGCCCUGGCGCUUAAUGGAACAGCUAUGAUGCUCUCUGAGUUUAUUGCUUUUGAAAUUUUGACUCUAUCUGUUUCAAGAUUAGGUACUUCGUCUCUUGCUGCACAAUCGAUAGCAUCUUCGCUUGCCACACUCCUGUUUCAAAUCCCAUUCGGAAUAUCUGUGGCUGCGUCGACGAGAAUUGCCUAUUAUGUGGGUGCUGGAUCUAUUGCCAUGGCAAAAAUAGCUAAUCGCUUGACCCUGUUAUUGGCACUUGCUGUUGGCUUCCUCAGUUUUUCUAUCGUCUUCAUCUUUAAAACAGAAAUAGUCCAUAUUUUCACCGAUGAUGAGGAAGUUGCGAAAUACGCUACCGUUGCUGUUGGUAUUUUGGGAAUUAAUCAGAUAUUUGAUUGCCCGAACGUUUUGCUUGCUGGGUGCUUGCGUGGGCAAGGUCAUCAGCAUAUCGGCAGUGCGUUGAAUAUUUUCAUAUAUUAUGUCAUUGCUGUACCGCUGGCAUUAUACUUAGCUUUCGAUGCCGGUCUGGGGUUGAAAGGUCUAUGGAUUGGCAUUGGGGUUGGGGUGUUCGUACUUGCUAUGAGCGAGGGUUACUUCGUAUUGCUGAAAUCCGACUGGUCUCAAAUUCUAUUGGAGGCCAGAAAGAGAAAUUCUAUGACUUCCCAGAUAUAA